CAGCAACUCUCAUUCUCUUACACAAAUCUCUCAUCAAAAAAAAAAAAAAACUUGAUCGGCCCAAAGCCAUGGUGGGAGUCCAUAACAUCCCUAAAGUCCCGCUUUUCUCGCCACUUUACCUGCGUAGACAAUCAAAGCCCUUCAUUUCCAUUAAAGCCUCUUCAGAGUCCUCAAAUUCCCAAGUCAGUUCUGCUUCGUCAAGUACCAAGGAAGAGCAAAAACCAAGCUUUGCUUCUUCUUCAACAACAACAUUUGCUCCUCCUCCAAACUUCAAGCCACCAGAGCCAAAGCGGUUUGCAGUUAGACCAGAUAAGACUCUGGAUAUCGUUGGGGCAUCUCUUGCCUUGUUCUUUCGGUGGGGAACUGGUAUUUUUGUUUCUGGCUAUUCGGCAUCUCUUGUUUCUGAGAAUGAGAUUCCACCUGGCCAAUAUUGUUUAGAACUGGGAGGCUCUAAGGUGAAAGAGACAUCAAAGAUAGGCCCUCGUCCAGAGAAGCCUAUUGAGAUAUAUGAUUUUGAAGGUUGUCCAUUUUGUCGAAAGGUGAGGGAAAUUGUUGCAGUUUUGGAUAUUGAUGUUCUGUUUUAUCCUUGCCCCAAAAAUGGUCCAAAUUUUCGUCCCAAGGUUGCUCAGAUGGGUGGAAAGGAGCAGUUCCCAUACAUGGUGGAUCCAAAUACAGGAGUUGCUAUGUAUGAAUCAGAUGAAAUAAUAAAGUAUCUGGUUCGAAAAUAUGGUGAUGGAAGUGUUCCUUUCAUGCUAUCACUUGGUCAACUGACGACUUUGACUGCAGGCCUUGCCAUGACAGGUCGGAUGGGAAAGGGAAACUCCUACAGUCCAUCAAAAUUGCCUCCCAAGCCACUUGAGAUUUGGUCAUAUGAGGGUUCUCCAUUCUGUAACAUUGUGCGAGAAGUGCUGGUGGAAUUAGAGUUACCACACAUUCAACGCAGUUGUGCUCGAGGCAGCACGAAACGGCAGAUCCUCUAUGAGAAAGCUGGACAUUUUCAGGUACCUUAUUUAGAAGAUCCAAAUACUGGAGUGCAAAUGUUUGAAAGUGCAGAAAUAGUGGAGUACUUAAGAGCUACCUAUGCUCAAUAAUAAUCAAAGCUUUCCCUAUGGAGGUUUUCCUUCUGAUAUUGUGUGAUACAUAAUUUUACCUUUUUCCUCGUAAUACUACCACUUUGUUUGUAAUGAAACACACCAGGUGAGCUGAGUUAGGUAUAUAACAUCAUUUGGUCUUUAGUUCAAGUAAGGGUGGGUUGGGAUCAGCCAUGAUCUUAGGUUCAAGCUCUGUUACUCCCUCCGUAUCCAAAAAAAAAAAAAGAAAAGAGUUAGCUAUGUACCUAUUUUUUAUUAUCAUUUUUGUUCUUUCUAAUGAAAAUUGCUUCAAUAUGGCACUGAAUUUGUUUGACAAAUGGGCUGCAUAACAUGAUGCAGUAGUGAUGUGUUUGUGUGCAAGGAAUGUAGCCAAAACUAAAAUUAAAAAAUACUGUUUAAUUGCUCCAAUAGUCUAAUAAAAAUAAUUCUACUAAAAUCAUAAGAAAGAUAUGUCUCAAUAUUGUAUAAAAAAUAGAACUGAUAAAGAACACUUUUUUGAAGAAUACAAUAAUAGUUAUAGAACAAUAACUAUUGUUAUUU